GGUGUGGGAUCGAGCACAGAUUCCGGAUAACGGAGAAAGGGAAACGGACAAGAAACAUGACUCGAGGUUGCCCUUGUGAAGGUUUCCACCUUGAAGGAGUACAAAACAACUCAUUUAAUGCCAAGAAGGGCAGAGUGACAAGAAGGCGAGGACACUAAAGUGAACGAAAGGGAAGCGGACGCGGAGGAAAGAGGCGCGCCACGAAGGGAUCCAGGGUAUCGGACGGAAAACUCAGGAACUUCUCUGCGGUCAGUGGACUUGAAGACGAGUCCGGAGUUUUGGAUUUUCCUUCAAGACGUCGUGCUCGAUUGCGAAUACCUCAAGGCGCCGACGUCUUCCCGGAUCGAGUUGAGCUUUGCUAAACAUCGGAGCGUGUCACAGAUUGGAAACGCUACAGGCAGGCAGGCAGGCAGGCAGGCAGGUCGCUAGCGUUCCGCGUGGGGACUUUCGGCGUUUAACGCCAAAUACUGGAUCGAAACUGUCAACAGUUCUUCUUUGGUUCUCCCCCGUCGGACACGUUGCUGUGCGAGUGUGGAUAUUCUGUCUAAGGAACUUUCCGUGGAACUAUACACGUUGGAGUAGACUGCUUUUGUUGACUCGAGUUUGUUCAACUGCUUGUUGACAACCAGACCUUCUGGAUAGUCUAUCGGCUUUUCUUUAUUCUCAACGAGAGGCCUGUCCCCCUCCUCUGCAGCCAGGCGAUGGGCUUCUGAGUGACCGCAACACUGAAGACUCCGUGGAGCUUUGUCUGCGCUAUAUGUGACAUUGCUAGUAGACGUCAGGGUUUGAAUCCGAGAGAAAACGGCUCCCUACACUGACCAGUCCCCCAGAAAGCGCCUGUAAUUGGACCUAUUUUUAUUUAUUUAUUUUCGAGGGAGGAAUGGGGUAAAAGCAGAAGGCUCGAAAUUCAACUCCCCUCCUUGUCUUCUACCCCUUCUAUCAGCACACUUAUCAUAAAAGCUGGGGAGCCUGGAUAGGCAGAAAAUCAAAUCAAAGGUUGGACAAACGUAUUCUAAUGAAUAAUUUGAGUGAGUUCGGUCAGAACAGUUUUGACGCAAGUCCCACCAGCCAGGGAAUACCUGCUGCACUGGAUUUUAUUGCUCAAGGCUGCACUGGACAGAAAAAUCCUAUUUUGGAUUACAAAUUAAAUAUGUCUGAACUGCUUCUUUCCUACUUUGUUACUCCUAGCCAGGACAACGGUAAUGCCAUCAUGCCAUUAGGAUCCAUGACAGAGUAGAAAUCUUUUAGCAUUCUAGAAUAGCAGGACCUACUUUCAACUACCUAAAAUAAGUUACCAGCAAUCUGGAGCAGUGCAAACUUCCAUCUCAAAGAAACAAGCAAAAGCUACCCUGACUAACCAAAUAUUAUCCACGUCCCCCAACAACAGAGAAAAAGAAAAUAUAUGUAGAAUGAGAGCUCUAUAUCUAUAGUGUAACUCUGUACAUCCUUUAUAUUUUUACUCAAGAUAGACAAGCUGCCUGUACACCGAUUGGUUGCCUUAGAAACCACAGUAACAAAGAAACAAGCUUGCGAGGACUGUGCCUUUUGAUUUGAUUGGUUGGUUUCCCACCAUUUCAAGAUUGACUGAGUCAGUUGGAUAAACUGCUUGAGCAAACUCUGGGAUUGAAAACACGCCUCAUGAAGGUUACUUAAACCCCCCCCCACAAAGGCUGCCCACCUGUGAAGUGAUUUGAUUGAUUGGGUUUCCCUUCUGGAUUGACCUUUUGCAAAGUGUUUCCAUGGUGAUCACAUCAUCAUCUGUGGAGGACAAGACUGUGCCCCCUUGCAGAAUGGUCCAAUCACAACCCUGGAUCGCCUCUGCUCUCCAUCGUGACAAUAAAAGUGUAAGCAGCUCAGGAUGUCCGCCCACCUCCACCUCCUCCUCCUCCUCCUCCUCCUCCUCCUCUACUGCCCAGGGCUUCUCCCUCGCUGAGCCAGCCAUGACCAGCCAGCACACACAUACACACCCCUCCUUCAGCUCCAUUCACUCCAUGGCCGAACAGCAGCAGGUGCUGUCUGAUAUGACCAUACUCCAGCGGAAAAUUCCCCCUAGUUUCAGAGACCCUGCCAGUGCCCCAUUGCGGAAACUCUCUGUAGACCUCAUCAAAACAUACAAGCACAUCAAUGAGGUGUAUUAUACUAAGAAGAAGCGGCGGGCCCAGCAGGUGCCUCCUGAAGAUAGCAGUACUAAGAAGGAGAGAAAAGUCUACAAUGACGGUUAUGAUGACGACAAUUAUGAUUACAUCGUCAAAAAUGGAGAAAAGUGGCUGGACCGCUAUGAGAUAGACUCAUUGAUUGGGAAGGGCUCCUUCGGACAGGUGGUGAAGGCCUACGACCACCAUGAGCAGGAAUGGGUCGCCAUCAAGAUCAUCAAGAACAAAAAGGCAUUUCUAAACCAGGCACAGAUUGAACUUCGCCUGCUGGAGCUCAUGAACAAGCAUGAUACCGAGAUGAAAUAUUACAUAGUCCACCUGAAGCGUCACUUUAUGUUUAGGAACCAUCUUUGUUUGGUGUUUGAGUUGUUGAGCUACAAUCUGUAUGACCUGUUGAGGAACACCAACUUCAGAGGGGUCUCCCUUAACCUCACCCGGAAAUUUGCACAGCAGCUCUGUACAGCGUUAUUAUUCCUGGCCACUCCAGAACUGUCAAUUAUCCACUGCGACCUGAAACCAGAAAACAUACUGCUAUGUAACCCCAAGAGAUCUGCCAUCAAGAUAGUCGACUUUGGAUCAUCCUGUCAGCUCGGGCAGAGGAUCUAUCAGUAUAUCCAGAGCAGAUUUUACCGCUCCCCUGAAGUUCUCUUGGGAAUGCCAUAUGACUUGGCAAUUGACAUGUGGUCUCUCGGAUGCAUCUUGGUGGAGAUGCACACAGGAGAACCUCUCUUCAGUGGCUCCAAUGAGGUUGACCAAAUGAACAAAAUUGUUGAAGUAUUGGGGGUCCCUCCCAGCCACAUGUUGGAUGCAGCUCCAAAAGCUAGGAAGUAUUUUGACAAGCUAUCAGAUGGGCUGUGGACAGUGAAGAAGAACAAGGACAUCAAGAAGGAGUACAAGCCCCCAGCCACUCGGCGUCUUCAUGAGAUUUUGGGUGUAGAGACAGGGGGUCCAGGGGGUCGGAGAGCAGGUGAACCAGGACAUGCCCCCUGUGACUACCUGAAAUUUAAAGACCUGAUCCUGCGCAUGCUGGACUAUGACCCCAAAAGCCGCAUCACGCCAUUCUACGCCCUGCAGCACAACUUCUUCAAGAAGACCACAGAUGAAGGAACGAACACUAGUUCAUCAACAUCCACCUCUCCUGCCAUGGACCACUCCCAUUCAACCUCCACUACUAGCUCUGUUUCUAGCUCUGGUGGCUCCAGUGGUUCCUCCAAUGACAACCGUAACUAUCGCUACAGUAACCGAUAUUACAACUCUGCUGUGACACAUUCAGACUAUGAGAUGACCAGCCCUCAGGCUCCAUCCCAGCAGCAGAUGAGGAUGUGGCCAGGCAGUGAUGGUGGAGGUGGGGGUCAGGACCCAGCAUACACCCAGUUGCUGCUCCACAAGCCGGCUGCCUCCCAACAACACCAGCGCCACUUCCUGGAUCAGCCCCACCAUCCCCACCCGACCUACUCCCACCACGGGAACGGCGGGCGCGGCCUGCGACAGGGCGGACAGACGGGCAUCGGCGGAGGAGGGGGCCAGCAGGGAUCCUCGCCCCAGAUGAGUGACAGCAUGGAUGUGGGCGUGUCCCUCGGGCUGCACCACCUGGGGGCGGUGUCUUCCAUGGAGGCGUCUCAAUUCGGCUCCGCCUCCCUACCCCUCGCUCUGCCGAUGGGACUGUCUGCCUUCCGGACUCGGACGGCCCCCGCCGCACCCGGGCCGCAAGCGCCGCCCCCUGAGGACUACUACCCUGCCUCCAACAACAAUAACCCCGCUGCAGGGGGCAGAGGGAGGCCGGACUCAGACGAGGGGCCGGCCAACUCUUGAUAAAACCUGAACCAUGCCCUAAAGCCAUACAAUUUUAACUACAACUACGACAACUACACAUAUACAGCCGGAGUUCAGAGACAAAGACAUGAACUUUGUGCUGAAGGAGACAGUCUGUACUGCAUGAGAGGAGGAGGAUGCUGGGAAAACUCUCUUUUUAUCCUGUGUUACUUUUUCGUCUUUUGUUGCGACUGUCAUUUGAAAUUGAAUGAUUGUGACAAGUUUGUUUUUAUUAAUAUUAUUGUUGUUGGUUAAUAUUAUUUGAUUUUUUUUUUUUCUUUUUUUUUUCU